AUGACGCAGCAGGGCGGUAGCCAGCGAGACCUACCGAGCGCAGAGAGUGGACCAUACUUGUUGCAGCCACUGCUGGAAGAGGUACCCCUCUCCGAAGAUGGUUCCAAGGGCGAUGUUAAGAUCAAUUGUGUAGAAUACUAUGAUGGAAAUCUCUACAUCGGUACCUCGGCCUCGGAGCUAUUACACCUUGUCCAGAUCCCACCCGAUCCUGCCGACAAAAAUGGCAAACCGAUGUAUAUUUCGGCAUCAAGGCUCGCACCCCCAUAUCAUGAGAUCAAUGGAGGGACGUGCCCCGGAGUACAGCAGAUUUUGCUGCUGCCGCGCGCUGGCAAAGCCUGCAUCCUUUGCAAUUCGACCGUCACCUUUUACUCGCUGCCCGAGCUCACGCCAGUUUUCGAGUCAACACAAGUGAAAAAUUGCAGCUGGAUAGGCGGCAUCGACCUGAACGAACCGAUAACAAAUGAAGGCACGAGAAACGAACCAGAAGCCAUGGCGAUAUUAAUGUCGCUCAAGAAGAAGAUCCAAGUGGUUCGCAUUGGCGAUAAUGCAAGGCCUGUCAAGAAUAUAGACUUUGCUGCAAGCUGCCUUUCCGUGCGCCGAGACACAAUUGCAUGCGUUGCGGAUUCGAAAGUAUACGCUCUUCUCGAUGUCGAUAAACAGCUGAAAAUUCCCUUGAUGAACAUCUCAUCCCUGGAGCCCCCAGCUUCGCCCGAGCCCCCAGCUCCGUCAGGAAAGGUAGAUAUAGGUGGAAUAUCCAGAAGCGCAUCGACUUCGCACGCUGCCCGGCAAUCCGUUUCUCAGAGUCACGCUAGGAGCUCCAGCCUCGGAGGGGCCAUUCUGGGCAAUUUGGGCCGCCAACAGGACCAAGUUGGCGGCGCAUCACGGAACUCCUCUUCUCCAGACCAGCCUGGUACACCGCAGUCUGGCCUCGCUACUGACAAGGCUCUGCCUGAUGUCCCCUCGGAAGCCCGACAAUCGUCUGAUAUGCCGCGCCCCGCGGCAUUACAGCCGCAUAUUGCGUCACCCACCCCGGAUGAAUUUCUGAUAGUAACUGGUACUACACCUGAAGAAGUCGGCAUUGGCAUGUUUAUCAAUCUGGAUGGCGAAAUCACUCGGCCAACCAUCUCAUUCGAAAAAUAUCCCGAACAGGUCGUCGUAGAUGGUGGGACCGCGAACUUGGCAUCAUCACGAAGCGGGUUGUCUGAUGACGAUGACGGUUAUGUUCUAGCUUCCUUGGAUAUGGAAAACCGCGAGGGCUCAAGAUUUGGUAUUGAAAUCCAGCGGGUGGAUGCGGGAAGUGAGGCUCACCCUGAGAAACACUGGCUGUUUGCUGCAAACCUAGAGCCGAAUGGUCCGUACGGAAUCCAAUCACUGCUUGGGAACGAAGACAUGAAGUUUGAAGAGAUUGUGAAGAAGCUCAGCGAGAAGCGCUUCUCAUCUUUCCCCAGUCCCACCGCUGCAUCUGUGGCAUCUUUGAAGAGCCUCGACUCUCGUACUGCCUCGUCCAUGGAGCGCCUGUCUAAGGAGCAGGAGCUUUUCGAAAGAAACUCUGACUCCCAAGACGACGAUUUGCCUGAUGGUUGGGAGACCUCCCGUGUAUCCGAAGGAGAGGAGUUCGCUCGAAGAUUGGCAAAAGUAUCAACCACACUGGUUGCCUGGUCGGACGACAAAAUUUGGUGGACAGUUCGAAACCCACUCAUUUUACAACUGGAAAAUGCGCUGGGAGCUUCUAAUGACAGUCAAUUGCUGCCUGGCAAGCUCGAUACAGAAGCCGUCUUCGGCACGGUAGCCCGGAUCCGCCGCCGGGAGGCGAAAACAGAACUCGAAUUUAUGACUUUCCGAUACAUGCGCCAGAAGGCAGGCAUCUUACUCUUAGGUGCUCUGCUCCUCGCACCACCACACAAGGAACUUACAGAUGCAGAAAUCUCUGCCAUGGAAGAAAUAUUCGCUGAUAGUCAACUGGACCCAAGAGUUGUGCUUUCCAUGAUUCCCGGAAUCAGAAACGAGAUUAUCGAGGGACGAAAUGGAAUCUGGAUAUAUGGCGGUGUGAAAAAAAUCACGGAAAUGAUCCUUUGCAGUGAUCAGUUCGAAGCCAUCGCAAAGAACAGUAUCGGGAAUCUGGAGUCGAGAACACUUCACUUCCUCCGCCGUUUUCUUUCCGCCUGGCGAAAAAUGAAAGGAUUCGGAAGUGUGCCGGAUGAGCGAGAGGUGUUCAGAACGGUAGAGGCUGCGCUGCUCCUUGUCCUUCUGGAGUUGGAUCGACGCGCUCCCAAGGCACUUGGAAGGCACAGCCCUAUCAAGAUUGAGCUCCACGAGCUUGUUGAUAAAGGAGUGGACUGUUUCGAUCGUGCAGUGGAUAUUUUGGAGUCUCACCAUCGCCUUUUUAUCCUCAGUCGCUUAUAUCAAAGUCGAAAGAUGGCUGGUGAUGUCUUGGCGACAUGGAGGCGGAUAAUCGAAGGCGAGCGCGACGACGGACAAGAAUUUCAAGAUGGCGAGCUGCGCAUCAAAGAUUAUCUCUCAAAAAUAAGCAACCAAUCACUGGUGAAAGAGUACGGUGUCUGGCUAGCCAGACGAAAUCCAAAACUCGGCGUGGAGAUAUUUGCCGAGGAUAAGUCUAAGGCUGCCAAGUUCGAGCCCGCACAGGUGGUUGAGAUGUUAAGGAAUGAGGCACCUAUGGCGGUGAAGCACUUUCUCGAACACCUCACCUUUGGCAAAGGCCACACGGCAUACAUCAACGAACUCAUCUUCUACUAUUUAGACAGUGUCAUUGGCGAUUUGGAGGCGUCAGAGGCAAGUCGAGAUGCUGUCAUGGUAGCAUACGCAACAUACAGGGCAUUGGAAGCACCAAAGCCCACGUACCACCACUUCCUAAUGGCAAAUACUUCGGAAGAUAAUGAGGUGUGGCAGAACCGACUGCGGCUGCUUCAGCUUCUGGGUGGAGCAAAUGACUACAAUACCUCCCGCAUUCGACAGCGCAUAAGCCGCCUGUCCGGUGACCUGCUGGUGCCGGAGACCAUUAUACUUGCUGGCAGAGAAAGCCACCACGAGCAAGCCCUGCGCCUCCUUGUCCACAAGCUUGGCGAUUACGACUCGGCCGUGUCAUACUGCCUACGCGGCGGAGCCAGCGUCUUUUCCACGCCCGAAGGGACGCCCUCGCGACGGCGGCGGGGCGGCGACGCGGCGGCUUCCCCUUCUGCGGAGGACCAGCAGCGGCUGUUCCGCGCGGUGCUACGCGAGUUCCUCGCCAUCGAUGACGCCAGCGAGCGCGUGGAGCAGACGGGCGCGUUGCUGGAGCGCUUCGGGGGAUGGUUCGACCUCGACGAGGUGCUGCAUCUCGUGCCCGACGGCUGGUCGGUGGACGUCGUGGCGGGGUUUCUGGUCGGCGCGCUGCGACGGCUGGUGCGUGAGCGCCACGAGGCCAGGGUGGCGAGCGCGCUGAGCGGCGCGCAGAAUCUGCGGGUGAGCCACGACUUGAUCACGACUAUAGAGGGGAGAGGCCCGACGAUGACGGAGGCGGAACAGCCGGCCGAGGCUGCCUGA